AUGAACGGCUCUGUGUUAACUCGCACAUGCUCGCGACGUCAUCCCUCUUUGGUCUUCCGUGUCAACAUGGCGGCUUCCAUGGCAUCCCAGGCUGCAGCAAGAGGACUGAGGACAGCGACCUCUAAGAACAUACUCCUCGACAAACUCAAGUGCACCUGGUUGAGUCCCAGGAGAUGGCUGAAUCUGCAGGAGUACCAGAGCAAGAAGCUGAUGCAGGAGAGCGGCGUGGCUGUCCAGCGCUUCUAUGUGGCCGACACAGCCUCUGAGGCCCUGGAGGCUGCAAAGAGACUCAAUGCCAAGGAGAUCGUGCUGAAAGCUCAGAUCCUGGCCGGUGGCAGAGGCAAGGGUGUGUUUGACAGUGGCCUUAAAGGUGGAGUGCACUUAACUAAGGACCCUGCAGUUGUUGGUGAACUGGCCAAUAAGAUGCUGGGUUUCAACCUGACUACCAAGCAGACACCGAAAGAAGGAGUGAAAGUAAAGACGGUGAUGGUUGCCGAGGCCCUCGACAUUACCAGGGAGACCUACUUCGCCAUCCUGAUGGACCGUUCCUGCAAUGGUCCUGUCAUGGUGGGAAGCCCCCAGGGAGGAAUGGACAUCGAGGAGGUAGCCGCCAGCAGCCCAGAGCUCAUCUUUAAGGAAGUCAUAGAUAUAUUUGAAGGCGUGCGAGAUGACCAGGCACUCCGCAUGGCAGCUAAUUUGGGUUUCAAAGGACCUCUGCAGAGACAGGCAGCAGAUCAGAUUAAGAGGCUCUAUGAUCUGUUCCUGAAAGUCGACGCCACUCAAGUCGAAGUCAAUCCACUCGGAGAGACUCCCGAAGGACAAGUGGUUUGCUUUGAUGCCAAGAUCAACUUUGACGACAACGCCGAGUUCCGCCAGAGAGCCGUGUUCGCCAUGGACGACAUGACGGAGAGUGACCCCACGGAGACGGAGGCGGCCAAGUGGGACCUCAAAUACAUCGGACUGGACGGAAACAUCGCCUGCUUCGUGAAUGGAGCCGGUUUGGCCAUGGCCACAUGUGACAUUAUUGACCUGCAUGGAGGGAAGCCAGCUAACUUCCUGGACCUGGGGGGAGGUGUCAAAGAGAGGCAGGUGUACGAGGCCUUUAAGCUGCUCACUGCUGACCCUAAGGUCGAAGCCAUCCUGGUCAACAUCUUUGGCGGGAUCGUCAACUGCGCCAUCAUCGCCAACGGCAUCACUAAGGCCUGUCGAGAGCUGGAGCUGAAGGUGCCGCUGGUGGUCAGGCUGGAAGGGACCAACGUCCACGAGGCCAAGAGGAUUCUGACUGAGAGCGGCCUGCCCAUCACAGCGGCGGAGAACCUGGAUGACGCCGCCAAGAAAGCAGUGGCCGCCAUCAAGAAAUAGAAAGCUUAAAAAACAGACUACACUCUGGUCCGCCCGUCACCAACAUUUAUAUCAGUCUCAGAUUAGCACCGUCUACCUUAUUUUUUAUUUUUAUUUUUUUUACAGACUUUCACGAUUUCAAUCCUUUGCUCUCACAGGUCUUCAGUUUUUUUUCUCUUUUUAACACUAGCUUCCAAAUUACACCUCCCAGUCCUUACUGAAUAUCAAUGUGUGAGGUGCUGUAUCACUACAGAAUUCAACAUUUACACUCACCUCCCCAGUGCCACUGAAAAUUAGCUUUCAGUUUUUCUUUUUUCCUCUAUUAAAUACAUACUAAUUGGGGUAAAUCACUGUCACGCUUGUUAUUAAUUGACAUUAUGAAAGUCAACAUUAAAUAUGAUAAAGCUCUAGUGAAAUUGGAUGAAGACCCAACACUUUGUGCAUUCCAUUUUCCAUUUUGUGGCAUUUGUAGGAAAUAGUUAAGAGAGACGUUCUCUCUUUCCACCGUCAGCCUUUGCUUUAGGUACUUCAAAGGCAGAAUAUGACUCAAAAAAACAGCAUUUUCAUGAGUGGUGAAAUCAUUUGGUGGCACUUAUUUUAAACAAAAGGCAAGCAGAUAACUUUGGAUCAAUCCGCCCGAUUUCUUAAUGACUUGAUCCAAGUUGGUCCAAAUCUGUGGACCCAUCCAUCCAUUGCCUUAUCUGUGUCUCAAACGAGGUGUGUGAGGAACCCGCGCUGUGAAUUUUGUUCAUCAUGUCUUAUUUGUUGAAGUGCUCCAUGGGAAACGGUGUGUCAACUGCUUCAAAUCUGUGCCUGUUUCAUGAAGGUGUUUUUGUAAACUAUCCCAGCAGUAGUUUCGCACAGAGAGGUGUUCAGAAAAAAAAAAAAGAAAAUCAGAUAUGAAGUUGUAUUUAGAUUUUUUUAUAAUCAGGAAUGUAUAUUGACAGCAAAUCUUGAAUACAGUGUAAAAACUGUGUAUAUAAUUUGAGAGAUAAAAAAAAAACUGAUAUUUCAAGA